AUGGCUACGCUCAGCGGCAACAACUUAAGCCAUAGCUCCACUCGAGCAUUCGAUCCCCUAGCCCCAUUUCGCCGUGAGAAUCAAGGGGAGCCAGCAUCCGACGGUCGACCUGUACACUGUUUCUAUCUUCCUCCGCCAACGCCCUUUGCUGCGACACCAGAUGAGCAUGUACCAAGAGCUCAUCCUGAUCGAGACUGCACUCAAGGUGAUACCUCAGACGAAGAAAGCAUCCAGGAGCUAGAGAACAAGAUAAAAGCUCUCCGGGGAUAUGCGGAUGACUUUCUUGAGCUCUCCUUGAUGGAGUCUCAUGCAAGGAUCCUAGAUCGCAUCUCUCAGUUCGAGGCUGAGCUUGAACAACGGAAGCGACGGAAAACCGAGUUGCUUUUGAGUAGGCUAAACCGGGAUUUUCCUGAUCUUGCGGCUAUCGCGAGGGAAGAGGCGCGACGUCGGGGUCUCUAG